AUGGCAGCUCAAUACGUAUGUAUAUAUUAUGAAGUUAUACAAUUGCAUUCAAAAGAAAAUGAGAAUAUGCAUUCGAUAUUGAUUAUAUUUCAUGUGUUGGCUAUUCUUUUUUUGAAAACGUUUUUUUCACCUAUCAAUGCAGUCACCUAUUCGGAUAGACACGAUUAUGAUGCAUAUGGGAUACGUAUAGCUAGUACAGAUUACUUUGGUGUACUUGCUCAAAAUGAUGCUCUGCGUUAUAUAGUUUCAAUGGCUCCUUUUGGAAUGGCCUUUGUAUGUAAUUAUAAUUAUACAACACCAAAUGAUUUUGUCAUUAGUAUAGCUGUUGGUCGACGGCAAAAUUCUUCACAAUUAUCAUUUGUCUAUUUACGAACAAAUUCAACAGAUGGUCAAUAUCAAAAAUUAGGUUUAUUUACAUUUUCACGUCAAAAUAGAAUUGGUUUAUCAAAUAAUUCGUGUAGUCAAAUGUUACGUAUUAAUGAAGGAGAACAUGAUGCGAAAGUAUGGAAACGUGAACCAUCUGAAUUGUCAACAUUACAAGUCGAUCUUUAUGGAAAAUAUGCAUAUGGUUUUCUUUCACAAGAUAUCUUUAUUUAUGAUAUUGAAAAUCAGUAUGUGAAAAGUCUUCUAUGGAGUGAUGUAUUUCCAUUAAUCAAUAUUAAACCACAUGCAUUAGAUGUAAGUGAGACAAAUGAUGGAUUUUCAAUAGCAAUUAUUGCUGGUUAUUAUCAAUUUGACAUUGAAAAAACACUACCAUCUGUUUAUCUUGUUCGUUUAAAUCCUCCUUAUAAUAUGACUCUUGUUGAUAAUUACACUUUGUAUUCUUAUAAUCAAAAGUUUGUUCGUGGACAUUAUGCUUCUUCUUAUCAAUUUGAUUAUGUUAUGUCUGUUUCAAUUCAUGAUUUAACUCAACAAGUUCUUAUUGGUGUUCCACAAUUACGUAAAACAUAUCUUUUUUCAUUUAAUAGUACAAAUUUGAUUUUAAUCAAUACAUUUAAUCAUCCGGCACGUUCAACUAGUUGGCUUGAUGAUGAUGGUAUACAAGCUGGCUUACUUCUUAGCGAUGAAGCUACACUUCCUUGGGCAAAAUCUCGAAUACAAGUAAUCAAUAUAUCUUCUGAUGAUAUAUUAUAUGCUUAUCCUAAUAAUCAACAAACCUUAGAACAAUGGUCAAGUACACCUCCAAUAUUUAUUCGAUUAACAAAAACAUACGAUAAUCAAUUAGCUAUACUUACAACAGAUGGAACUGUAGUGUUAAUUCGUUCAGCUGAUGCAGGUUACUAUAUGAAAACAGAUGAUAUUAAUGUUCCAUUACAACAUCCAAUACCAUGUCCACGUGGAACUUAUAAAAGUAUUCGAGGUCCAACACCAUGUACAAUAUGUCCAACAAUGACUAGAAGUUCUUCUAUUAGUAUAUCAUUUAAUUCAUCGUAUGUAACGUAUGUAGGAUAUCCGACUGCAGAGUGUAUUGCUUGUUCAUCGAAUUCUUUAUGUCCUCUUGCCUCAGUCAGUGAUGUAAACAAAUCAAUUUUUCAAUCGAAAAGUCAAGCUUAUGCUUAUCCUACAUCAUCUUCAAUGGCAUCAUUCGAUGAUAUUCUCAUGCAAAAUACGUUUAGUCUACAAACAAAACCUAUUCGAUGUCUUCUCAUUUCACCAUUUUUUUGGGCUCUAAUUGCAUUAUGUCUUGCUUUUAUUAUUCUACUUAUCAUGGGAGUCUUAUAUUAUUCUCCAACAGGAAAGAAACAUUUUCAACGUCUUGAAUGGAUUUUUCGUCAUUCUGAUCUUAUUGGUAAUGGAGAAUUAUGGUUUGGUGGACUUAUUUCAUUUUCUAUCAUUGUUCUUAUCGUCUAUAGUUUUUGGUUUGGUACAGUUUUUGUUAUAAAAUAUCCAGUAGAAACAUCAACCGAUAGUUAUUUUGUAUGUGAUACAUCAUUAAGAAAUACUCAAUUUAGUUCAGCUCUACAAUUAUUAGCUACUAUUAAAUCUAAUGACGAAACACCUAUAUUUAAUAUGCUUGAUAUGCAAGAAUUUACAAUGACUGUCAAUUUUCUACAGACAGGUUAUAAUUGUGAUGAUGUUACUGCACAAGAAAAUAUUGGCACUUAUUCAGUAUUAAUACCACGUACCAAUUGCACUGUUCAAUCAGAUAAUGCUACACUUACUGUUGUAUAUCGUGUACCUUAUCAUCAAAUGACUAUACAAAUAAAUUUGACAGGAUCAUCUUAUAUUGGUGGUGUUUUUAUAUGUCUUGGAGGUUCGCGUUCUUCAAGUAAUGAUUCAACAUAUGUAGUUCAAAAUUUGGACUAUUGUCAAUUAUUUUUUACAUCCGAUCAAACUCUUAGUCAAACAACAGAAAUCAAUUUUGCCCUUACAAAAGUUAUUAAUCGAACAGAAUCAUUAGAUUAUAGUGAUUCAACUAAUUACAGUGGUAUAUGGAUUCCAACAUCUACUCAUGGAUCACUGAGUGAUCGUGUUGUUUAUUUACAACAAGGUGCUUAUCUUCGUUAUCUAUCUACACAACAUACACUUAUUAUUAGUUUUAGUGAAACAGAAUUUUAUGUUAUUAAUAAACAAGAACCAAUUGCAAGAAUGGGUGAAGUUCUUUUUCAUAAUAUACUUUUUACAACGACUAUUAUUGGUAUAUUUGCAUUAGCUUUUCUCCUUUUUAAACUGACGUUUAUGCCAAUAAUGAAAUGGAUUAUUAAGCAUGAAAAUUUGUUAUUACAUUUUUGUAAAUUAAGAAAGAAAAGAUCGACAGAAAAUAACAAUAUAUUUUAA